UUUGGGCACGUCACCCAGUGCCGCACCAGGCACUGCUUCACCGGCGAGUACUAUUGCUUCUUUUUCUACGCUGAACCCAAUGACUGCAGCCCGCAUAGACAGACGCGGGCCCACAUUCGCCAAGACUGCCUGCGGUACGUGCCCCACUGGCACAUCCUCCGCGGCGUCAGCACAACCAUCGACUUACCCACCAUCUUGGGGACUGAAAAGGGUAUUGCUGCGCUGGCGGUGUUCAUUGCGCACAGUGGCACCUUCACAAAGUCAGGGGCUCCUAGGCCUGCGCAACCGGUGGUGAGGAUCGAGGAGCUGGAGGAGGCUCCCGCGGCUGAUGACGACCCAGUGGAAGCGGCCGGUGUGGUCGGCGAGGUGCCGUCAUAUGCCUAG